UUUCGCAGAUAAGAUGUGAAACAAGCGACUAACAAUAAGCAAUACAUAAAAUAGGAUGACUACACUAGUAUUGUGUUAUCUUAAAGUGGUGCGAAAUAUACAGGAAGGAAAAGUGUGAUGCAUAAUUAAGUGAAUCUUAGGCAGUUUUCGUAAUGGCGGAUGUUCGUAAUUGUAUAUUACGCUGCAUAAGAAAUUCACACGAUCCAAUAAUUUUGCCAGACGAGGAAGAGAUUUUUGUAGGUAGAGGACCGGUUACAAAAAUCACAGACAAAAAGUGCUCCCGGAAUCAAGUAAGUCUUCGUGCAGAUUAUGAUGCGAUGCAAGUGAGAAUUAAACAGAUGGGGCCUAAUACAACAGGCGUGAAUGGCUUGGCGCUUAAAAAGAGUGAAACUCAAGUUUUGAGACAUGGUGACCGUUUGGAGAUUUUGCUUGGGCAGUACGUUCACAGAGUAGAAUUUGAGCCUCCGCCGUCUGUAGACAAACUCAGAACUGAAAGAGAUGGAAAGAAGAGGAAACUUGAUGAAGCCAGUCGAGUGAACAAGAAAUUGUGUGAUGAAUCAUUGAAUAUGGAUGUAGAUGAACCCAGCUCUGAGAGUAAAUGGGAAACUAUUGAUAACGGAAAACUUUUAAUUUAUACAGCAAAGCAUGUUGUAGCUCAGCCAAAGAUUGCUGCAUAUGAUCUUGAUGGUACUAUCAUCACUACUCAGUCAGGUAAUGUCUUUCCAAAAGACUGCAAUGAUUGGAAGAUUUCAUUUAGUGAAGUUCCUGGAAAGUUGAAGAAGCUGCAUAACGAUGGCUAUAAAAUUGUAUUCAUGACAAACCAAGCUGGUAUAGGGCGGGGCAGUACUAAUGUAGAAGAUUUCAAGGCUAAAGUGGUUAGAAUUGUGAAUAAACUUGGUGUUCCAGUGCAGACUUUCAUCUCUACUGGCAAGGGUAUCUAUCGAAAACCUGCCCCAGGGAUGUGGAAUGCACUUGUGGGAAAGAAAAACAGUGGUGUACCUAUUGAUAUAGCAGAGUCUUUCUACUGUGGGGAUGCAGCUGCAAGGGAGGCUAACUGGGCUCCAAAAAAGAAGAAAGACUUUUCUUCUUCAGAUAGACUUAUGGCACUAAAUUUGGGCCUGAAGUUUUACACACCUGAGGAGCACUUCUUGCAGCACACCGCUGCACCGUUCAAACUUCCAGAUUUCAACCCUUCAGCUCUUCCAAGCGACCUCCCAUUAUGUGAGCCACCUGACUCAAAGCUCAUAUCAGACACAAAAGAGGUUGUAGUUCUGGUUGGAUCUCCUGGCUCUGGUAAGAGUUUUUUUGCAUCAACCUAUCUGGUUCCAGAAGGAUAUCAUCAUGUGAACAGGGAUACAUUGGGUUCUUGGCAGAAAUGUGUGUCAGUUUUGGAAUCAGCACUGGCUGCAGGCAAGAGUGUGGUAAUUGAUAACACCAAUCCUGACAAGGAAUCAAGACAGAGAUUUAUUAAUGCAGCCCAUAAACAUGGUGUAAAAUGUCGUUGUUUUGUACUGAAGACAAGUAUGCAACAUGCUAAACACAACAACAAGUUUCGAGAAUAUACAGAUGAUAAUCAUGAGCCAAUCAGUGAUAUGGUCAUUAACAUGUACAAAAAAAAGUAUGCAGAGCCAAGCCAGGAUGAAGGGUUUAAUGCUAUUGUGAAGAUUAAUUUUAUACCAAAGUUUUGUGAUCCUGAACUGGAGAAACUCUAUAAAUUGUAUUUACUGGAAAAAUAAUUGAAAUAAUGCAAUAACUGUAAGCUGCACAAAGGAGAGAUGUACUGUAAUGGGAGUGAAGAACCAGCACCUAACCAGCUUUGAAGGUUUGUCUCCUGGGAUAUAACAUU